UCCAUACCGGUAUCGCUGACACACCGCCCGUAACAUAACAGCUCAUUACGAAAACUAUGACCAAUUAAGUUCGACCUCAUGAAACUCGACACGACACUACGAUGACGACCAACCUAUCACCCCAGGGUGCAGCGACACUCCAUUGUUUUAUAAAGAGGAAAGCGAAGGACGCCUCGUGCAUCCCAAUUAGCGAAGAGAGUUUCGGCGGCAAGUGAAUACAAAGUCGUCAAUACAGCUCCUCGACGGACAGACGACGCAAGGACUUGGGGGAUAGCGUGUGUUAAUUUUGAAACAUUCGUUACCGAGGGAAAUUCGACUCGGAUUAUUUUAAGGAGGGCAAACUUCAUAGUGUUUGUUAUGCGUGAGUGUGUACGAAAGUUAGCGAAAUUUUGGCAACGAGGCAACAAUAUUGACGAGUGCAGUGCGGGACAGUAAUCAUUUGAUACAUUUUGUGAUGAUCGCCCGUCAGGACGUAUACGGUGAUUGUGCAUAAACAUACCCUGUGUGCUGUGCUUUUAGUGCUACUAUUAUUAGUUUAUAAACUGGUUGGCAAUGGAGAGAAUUCCUCGAGUAUUGAUUAGUAUAGCACUUGCUGCGCUAUUACCAAUGGCGUCACUAGAAAGCCAGGAUAAGCUCGCCAAAGAGAACAUUCCACACUCUCGACAAAAAAGGAUACUUUGGAUAACCAAUGACGGACGACUGGCACUUCCACCAGGGACCACAAUGGCCAUAACACCCUCUAUAUCAAUGCCAUUUGUUAGGCAUCCGCCAAAAGGAUUCCUUUCUAAUAUGACUGUCAGUUUUCCAUUCUCAAUUGACUUUGACAAACUUGGUCUCACUGACAACGAGAAUCCAUAUGGAGAUUUGCCGCCAAUUUUCGCACGAUCCAUGGGAAAUGCUGCAGCGUCCGUGAUGGCCAAUUACGUGGGACAAUAUCUGGAUACGAGGAGAGGUAAACGGUCUACCCGAGAAGCGAUACCACCCGAGGCAGAGAGACUUGUUCUUGAUAGGUUUCACGGAGGCGAGAGGGCUCUGAUGUAUGGAAUCGCUGAAGAUCUUAUAGCAAACUUCGGUCUAGAUGGGAAAGAAUGCCUUUUGAGAGCUAUUUGCGAAAUAAAUGCACAUCCACUCACAAACUUUGGUUUUAUCGGUGAAGUAAUGAAACUAUUCUUCAAUCCAAGCAAAUCUCCAUACUCGAAUAUGUUGGCGGAAUAUGUUGAGGCUCAGCGUGCGGGAGAGUCUGGAGGGGAAUGUUGGCCAUACUACAGACUCUGCCCCAAGAGCAUCUUUCAAUCAUCUAAUAAAUAUACGAAAGACGCAGAAACAUUGCACAGGCGGCAAGAACAAGAAAACAUUGAUAAUAACGAGAUGGAAGUCAAAGCGAUGUAGUUGAUGCAAAGGCUCACAGCCAUUAAUCCCAAAACCCAAAUGUAGUAGUAGUUUUCAACCAAAGUUGAUUAAAAUUUAGUAUCUUCUAAAUUCGUAAGAGUGUGAUAUUAAUAUAUUGCAUACAAUCGUUUAUUAUGUUAAUUUUUCGUUUAUUUAAUUUUAGUGAUAUAAUUAAAUUAUUAAAACCCUGCUUUAUAAUUAAGAAUUAAACAAUAAAUUUUAACACGCUUUCCAGUGUAAUACCAAAUUAUAUCUGAAUUACAUAUAUUUGCAAAGAUUCAAGUCUACAAGUAAAGUUAAAAUCGACUUUAUUUUUGCUUAAACAUCACAAUCUGAAUUUAUAAUUUAUCCAAAAAUUAAAUUGAGCUUUUUUUCUAUAAUGGACGAUGAUAUAAAUUGAUGUGUCAUCGGUAUAGCCAUUCUUUCAGAAUUAUUUAUAAUAACAAUAUUUUUUAAUACUUAUUUGUGUAAAUAUUUAAAAAUUGAUCCAAAUAAUCAUUUUUUUUUAUUGAGUUUAUUUCUCGAAGGAUUUUAGUGUUGAUCGGUGUCCCAGCCAUAAGCGGCUACGUCACUCGAUUUUAUAUUUGUAUAGUUUUGUGAAUUAACAUGCCAUAUUUAUUUUACCUAAGUGCCAUUGAAUAAUACUUAGUAGAAAACGAAAUGUCACAGUAAUUAAAAUUAUUAAGCGAUUUUUGCGUUAUAUUUUAUUUAAA